GUUCAACAUAUUAACUGUAUAAGAGGAACCACAAUUACAGGAUACACUCAAGUGGAGGAAACGACCAGCUGCGAUAGUCUUAAAAACUUUUUUGCCUGUGUUUGUGUUUUGGCUUUUUUUUUCUCGCAACAACAAACAAGCUCUUCUAACCGGAACAAAGGACUUUGUAACUUUGGGAGAAAGCCGUUUUUCCUGCCGUUCAAGCUUUAUGUAUUUGGAUUUAAUAUUUCUAUCCCGCCGCCCUACUAUGGUCAUAAUGGAGGUCCCCACCAUCGACUGCGCGUCCCUCCGUGGCUUGCUGGAGGGCGACGUCCUGGACUGUCUGGUGUUGGACUGCCGAUCCUUCUUGUCCUUCAACUCGUCCCACAUACCGGGCUCAUACAACGUCCGCUUCAGCACCAUAGUGCGCAGGAGAGCCAGGGGGGGCCUGGGACUCGAGCACAUUGUCCCUAACGAGGACACGAGGAACCGGCUCCUGUGCGGGGAGUAUCAAUCCGUAGUGCUUCUUGACGACCGCAGUUCAGAUUUAAGCCACGCUAAGAAAGACGGGACAUUGAUGCUUGCUGUUACAGCCCUGUGUCGCGACCGAUGCGGAGCCAAUGUGUUUAUUCUCAAAGGUGGAUUUGAAACAUUUUCCGCAGAGUAUCCAGAGAUGUGUACCAAACCCUCCCCUCCACAAGGACUCAGCUUGCCUCUGAGCUCCAGUCAUCCUGAGAGUGCUGAUCCAAGCUGUAGUCCAUGCAAUACCCCUCUAUAUGACCAGGGGGGUCCAGUGGAGAUCUUGCCUUUCCUGUACCUUGGCAGUGCUUACCAUGCCUCUAGAAAAGAUAUGCUUGACAUGUUGGGGAUCACCGCUCUCAUCAACGUCUCUGCCAACUGUCCCAACCACUUUGAGGACUCCUUCCUCUACAAGAGCAUCCCUGUCGAGGACAACCACAAAGCCAAUAUCAGCUCCUGGUUCAACGAGGCAAUCGAGUUUAUCGACUCUGUGAGAAACAAAGGAGGUCGUGUGUUUGUGCACUGUCAAGCAGGCAUCUCCCGCUCUGCCACCAUUUGCCUUGCCUACCUCAUGCGGACCAACCGCGUGAAGCUGGAUGAGGCCUUCGAGUUUGUCAAGCAGCGCCGCAGCAUCAUCUCCCCCAACUUCAGCUUCAUGGGCCAGCUCCUUCAGUUUGAGUCCCAGGUCCUGGCCACAUCUACCUGCUCCUCAGAGGCGGGCAGCCCAGCCAUCGGCAACAGCAGCACAGUAUUUAAUUUCCCAGUCUCCAUCCCCGUACACGCCUCCGCCGGCCAGCUCUCAUUCCUCCACAGUCCCAUCACUACAUCUCCCAGCUGCUGAAGAAGGUGUUGGGAGCACAGACUCUGUUUUGACUUGAACUGCAACUCUGCAAUAAGUGACUCUGUAAAGAGCACAGCACAAAACACAGAUUUAAAUUCAUUUUACAGUGAUACUGGUAUCACUAGAUAAAAUGGGAGUUAUUGCUUAGGGUCAGUUCAUUUGACUCUGCUGGCCACAUUUGUCUACGUUGGAUUCAUCAUUUCAAGGGGAGAUUUGAUUGCUACCGCUAGGCAGUAUUGAUGUUUAACGUCCUGUAUACAUGUGAAUGUCAUCCAUAGUUUUAUGACUUGGGAAAAUUGAGGUUGUCCCUGUAGUGGAAGAUGGAAGUAUCUGAAUAAUCUUUAUUCAAAAGACUGUUUUUUUUUCUCGUUUUUUUCAUAUCAUGAAGGCAACUGCUUUUGAUAAUCACAAUCAUUUUAAGCAAGCACAAUGGAGAGGGCUUACAGUUGUCUCAGGAAUCCUCUCAAAUGUCAAUUUUGCCUCCUGACCUGGUUAAAGGAAGCGAUAUAGACCUAUUGCCCAACAUGGCAUGGAAGUUACUCCUUCAUUUGACGAACAAUGAAUGUAUCCCCCUCUUUUCAGUGUAGAUGUGGAAGACAUUUUCAAGUUCAGUUUGAGAGUCUAAAGGGUUGCCAAUUCAAAUGCAAAAACCUGCCUUUUCAAGACAUCAUCAAACCUUGACGAUCCUGACACAUCGGGGAAAUCAACCAUUAAAUACCUCAUGUUUCUGUACUGUGUACUGCAGCUCUGAGACGGACAGAACCCCUAAAACUACUAAAAAAUGGGGCCAGGUAGUCUUCAUUGACUGCAAUCUGACAUAUUUAUUGAACUAAAGUAAUAUAUUUCUUUAUCAUAUCUAUUUUUGCAUAUGUUUGUCUAAAUGUUUGUUUUUAUACCAUUGAAUAAAUCUCAUUUGACUUUUGUACUCA